AAUAGUUGUCUGGCCAAUCAGUCUCUCGAAACUUAAUCCGCUGCAGUGGCGAGUGUCAGUGUCGGCCAUUGCGCCACCAUUGACAUCUAGAUCAGUGUGCGUGGUGCCAGCAGAAGACAGAUAGACUACCUUUCAUUCGGCACUGCAGCUUGAAAGCAGGGCAACGAUGAUUCAGCCGCGAACGCUCCGAGUAGAUUAUGGCAAAACAACAAAAGUCGUAUGCGUAGUUGGGACCGAACUCACUGUGAACAUCAGCAGGAGUGCUCCUCCCAACUCUAAGUUCUUCUCUGUGAAAUGCACUUCCAAUGUGCAAUUUAAUAUCAACCCACACAUGCCUCAGGAGACAGACCCACUCUCUCCCAUGCCUCUCCAUGAGAACUCGGUACUUCUCAUCACCAUGGGCCAAGCCAGUCAGUUUGAAAAUGAUAGCAAGCUUUCUGUCAAGUAUUACGGGGAGAAUAACGAGGACUUAGGAAAAGCAGUCAUACAUUUGACAGCUGUUGAGAUAUCUUUGGAUGUAGAUGCUGACAGGGACGGCCAUGUAGAGAGGAACAACCCCAACAAGGGGUCCUGGGCGUGGGGUCCCAAUGGGCAUGGUGCCAUCUUGUUGGUCAACUGCGACUCAGAGCGAACCUAUGGGAAGAUAAUGGACAGCGAAGAGAAGGGCAUCUCCAGAAUCUCAGAUUUAAAGGACAUGUCGAUUAUGGUGCUGAGGACCAAGGGCCCUGCUAAACUCCCACAGGGCUACAAACUGACCAUGCACAUCUCACAGGGCAAUGCUGAGAGUGUCAGAGUCUUUAGGUCCAGGUCCACCAGCGGCAAGAACAACACCCUGACCAAACUGUUCUACAGUGCUUUUGUGAGUGACUUCCCUCUGGUGCUGAGCAGCGAGGUUCUGUCACAGGAAGUGCCUUACCUCGGGGGCAUCGCAGAGAUGAACUUCUACGUGGAGGGCCUCCGGUUCCCUGACAAAGAUUUCGAUGGGCUCAUCAUAAUUAACCUCAGUCUACUUGAGCCCACCUCUCCGGGUUUCCCUGAGACGCCUAUCUUUACAGACAAGGUGAUGUUCAGAGUUGCACCGUGGAUCAUGACACCCAACACCCUCAAGCCUAUAGAGGUGUUCAUCUGCAGCACGUCUGAUAACUACCAGUUCCUAAAAGGGAUGAGAAAGCUUGUCCAGGGCAAUGGGUACAAGCUGAAGGUGUGUCAUGAGUAUAUGAAUAGAGGAGAUCGCUGGAUGCAGGAUGAGCUCGAGUUUGGCUACAUCGACUCCCCUCACCAACAAUUUCCUGUUGUGCUGGAUUCGCCUCGAGAUAAAGGACUCAUGGACUUUCCAUACAAUGAUCUGCUGGGCCCUGACUUUGGCUACGUGACCAGGAUGGCUUGGAAUGAGGUUGUGAGCAGCCUGGACUCAUUCGGUAAUCUGGAGGUCAGUCCGCCUGUCUCCGUCAAUGGGAAACACUACCCCUUGGGCAGGAUCAUCAUAGGAGUGGCCUUCCCUACGUCAGUUCAAGGGCGAAACAUGACUAAAGUAGUUCAGGACUUCCUGUGGGCCCAGAAGGUCCAGGAGCCCAUUGCCCUUUUCUCUGACUGGCUCUAUGUUGGCCAUGUGGAUGAAUUCAUGACUUUUGUUCCGGCACCUGAUCAAAAGGGCUUCCGGCUGUUGCUGGCAAGCCCAGACUCGGGCUACAAACUAUUCAGAGGCUUACAAAGACAGGGACACGGGCAAGCCAAACUGUUUGAGGGUCAGGGAGAGCACGAAGAGAUUACAGUGAAUGAGAUACUUAAUGAUGAAAAACUCCAAGAGGAAAACAAUUACGUACAGAGCUGUAUAGACUGGAACAGAGAUGUCCUGAAGAGGGAACUGGGCUUGGACGAUGACGACAUCAUUGACCUGCCAAUCCUAUUCAAGUUACUGGAGGAAAACAGAGCAGUGGCCUAUUACCCAGACAUGGUCAACAUGAUUGUACUGGGAAAGAACCUGGGCAUCCCGAAGCCGUUUGGGCCCAAGGUGAAUGGGCGGUGCGCCCUUGAGGCCGAGAUGUGCUCGCUGAUGGAGGGCCUCGGGCUCAGCUGCACCUUCAUAGAUGACUUUGCCUCCUAUCACAAGCUGCUGGGGGAGGUGCACUGCGGCUCCAAUGUCCGCCGGCAACCCUUUGACUUCAAGUGGUGGAACCUGGAGAUGUGAGCCAC